GGCCUAAAGGGAGUCAUAAAAGAGUUCUUCCAAAAUCUAUAAUUGGCAAGAAGACCUGGAAAAGAAAGGGCAUUAAGGAAGGCAGACUUUCCAGUAAUGGGAUGGAGUGCUCAAUGGGUGAUUCUUCCACCUCUUCCAAAAGGCCCAGAGAACCAGAGGACCAAGCUAUGACUUUAGAGCAAGAGGAUGAUCAUUCUCA